GGGUUUUAGCGGCAAAUGGCAGUGGAGCGCAGGAAAUCGACACCGGGACGGGGAGGCGUCGUCCAGCAGCGGCUGAGCGAGGACGAGGCCAGGGUACGGGCAAUUGCGGAGAUUGUAGGGGCUAUGGUGGAAGGAUGCCGCAGCGGUGAGGACGUCGAUCUCAAUGCGCUCAAAUCCGCUGCUUGCCGCCGCUACGGCCUUGCCCGAGCGCCAAAGCUCGUGGAGAUGAUCGCGGCGUUGCCAGAGAAUGAGCGCGAUCUCGUCCUGCCCAGGCUCAAGGCCAAGCCUGUGCGCACUGCCUCUGGGAUUGCCGUGGUUGCGGUCAUGUCCAAGCCUCAUCGGUGCCCACACAUCGCCACGACUGGGAAUAUCUGUGUCUACUGCCCGGGAGGCCCAGAUUCGGACUUCGAAUAUAGCACACAGUCCUACACUGGGUAUGAACCAACGAGCAUGCGAGCAAUUCGAGCAAGGUACAAUCCUUAUAUACAGGCUCGAGGUCGAGUGGAUCAACUCAGGCGUCUGGGCCAUAGCGUGGAUAAGGUUGAAUAUAUCCUUAUGGGAGGUACUUUCAUGUCUUUGCCAGCAGACUACCGCGACUAUUUUAUCCGAAAUCUCCAUGACGCUCUGUCUGGUCACACCUCUCGAGAUGUGGAGGAAGCCGUGAGAUACUCAGAGCAUGCUGCCAUCAAGUGCAUUGGACUGACCAUUGAGACGCGUCCCGACUACUGUCUGUCUCCUCACUUGCGCCAGAUGUUGUCUUAUGGCUGUACGCGGCUUGAGAUUGGGGUGCAGAGCACGUACGAAGAUGUCGCUCGAGAUACUAACCGGGGCCAUACGGUUGGUGCUGUUGCUGACUGCUUUUGCCUUGCCAAGGACGCUGGCUUUAAGGUGGUUGCUCAUAUGAUGCCUAACCUUCCAAACGUCGAUAUGGAACGGGACAUGGAAAGCUUCCGCGAGUUUUUUGAAAAUCCUUCCUUUCGAGCGGACGGCCUCAAAAUCUAUCCAACGCUGGUUAUUCGAGGGACAGGUUUGUACGAGCUAUGGAAGACUGGAAGGUACAAGAACUAUCCACCUGAACAACUCGUCAAUCUGGUUGCCCGAGUGUUGUCUCUGGUACCUCCCUGGACUCGGGUCUAUCGCAUACAACGUGAUAUCCCCAUGCCUCUUGUAACGUCCGGCGUCGAGAAGGGAAACCUGCGAGAGCUGGCGUUGAUGAGGAUGGAGGACUUGGGCUUGAAAUGUAGAGAUGUCAGGACAAGAGAAGCUGGGAUUCAGGAUAUACACAAUCAAAUCAAGCCUGAAGAAGUAGAGCUAGUAAGGCGUGACUACUGUGCUAACAAAGGCUGGGAGACGUUUCUGGCCUAUGAAGACACUAGACAGGAUAUACUGGUGGGUUUACUGCGCCUGAGAAAAUGCGGUCCCAACGCUACAUGCCCCGAGCUGCUGGGACGAUGUUCGAUAGUUCGCGAGCUGCACGUUUAUGGAACUGCGGUGCCUGUUCACGGCCGUGACGCCGACAAGCUACAACACCAGGGUUAUGGAACUCUUUUAAUGGAAGAAGCCGAGAGGAUAGCUCGAAAGGAGCAUCGAUCCGUGAAACUGGCAGUGAUAUCGGGAGUGGGAACUAGACACUACUACAGGAAACUAGGCUAUGAGCUAGAAGGUCCCUACAUGACGAAAAGAUUGUAAGGUUACAAGAUGAGAAUCUCAAUCGCUUUCUUUGAAAUCGUUUUGAUUGCAAA